GUGUGUGGAAUAACGGAUCAGGUGCAUGGCGUGGCUGUGUGGGGAGCCACAAUUGUGCUGAACUCAUUAUUUGGAGGUUCUGCGCCUUCCAUUUUGGAGAGCUAUAAAAGUGGAAGCCAUAACGAACGAACAGACGGAGCAGAGGACAAGAUGGGUAGUGUGAGUUAUAGCAAUCUGAAGAACGCCAUGAUAGCAUUCUUGGUCCCUCUACCCUCCAUCCUAUUCUACCUCUCAUUCCAAUCGGCCAUUAGUACUCCUUCUUCUUGGUCUUCUCUGUGGACAUGGUGCUAUCACCACCCUCUGCUAUUGGCCAAUGUCCUUUUCUUCUUCAAUGUCAAUUUCCUCUUCUGGCUCAUCGGCCUAAUCCAAUCCAGCCACUGGAUGAUUGACCCGUAUUGGACAGUGAUACCUGUGAUGCUUGUUCAUUACUAUUCAACUCACCCUUUGGCACAGUAUCAGUGGUGGAGGUCGAGGAUCGUAACGUUGUUGACUUGGGCGUGGAGUGUUAGGCUGAUCCACAACUACUUCAGGCGAGAAAAGUGGCAGUGGGGUGCCAGGGAGGAUUGGCGUUUCACUGAUUUGAGCCAUCGCUAUGGAAGGCAUUGGUGGUGGGCUUCUUUCUUCGCCAUCUACGUCCCUCAGCAGGUGUUUCUGAUUGGAUUGUCUCUUCCGUUCUAUGUCAUCCACUCGGUGAACCAGCCUCUGAGCAUGUGGGACUUGGUAGCCAUAGUUGUGUGUGUAUCUGGCAUUGUCACGGCAUACAUUGCUGAUACUCAGCUUUACAACUUUGUGAGUAGAAAGAACAAGGAGGUCCCUAUUCUUGACAAAGGGUUGUGGUAUUAUUCUCGGCAUCCAAAUUACUUUGGAGAGCAGGUGUGGUGGUGGGGAAUGGCUGUGUUUGCUUGGAACCUGGGACAUGGAUGGGCUUUCAUAGGGGCAUUAGCCAAUACCAUGUGUUUGGCUUAUGUCACUAAGCUUGUGGAGGACCGAAUGUUGAAACAAGAUAGCAGAGCAGAGGCGUUUAGGCUCUAUCAGAAGACUACUUCCCUAUGGAUUCCUUGGUUCAAGUCAUCUCCUUUAGGACUCAAAUCUAAGGAUGCUUGAUUUUCUUUUUCCCCUUGUUCGUUAGUUGAUUGUACCACCAUCUUCUUAAUUUUGCCUAGUUUGUUCGAUUAUGUAAGAGAGCCAUGUGUGUGCUCCAUGAUUUUUGUAUAAUAUAGCACUUUCCUAUAGACUAUCUCAUUUUAAUGCCACAA